GCAGAUAGUGUGCGAGGGAGGAACGGAGACUAGAAUAAAGCGGCUUAACCACAGAACAGCAGAGGGCGGUAAUGCGACAUGUGGAGGAGAGCUGCGAGACCUCGAAGAAGUAAAAGUGUUUACUAUCGUUCAGCGUGUGUUCGACUGUGAUUUCUGCGCUCCGGUCGACAGCUGUGAGUGUGAGAGAGUGAGUGUGAGUGUGUGUGUGUGUGUGAGAGGAGAUGGGGACCCCCCCGCAGGACAGCAGCAGCGGCAGCGGGGGAUCAGGCGCUCGGCAGCCGGACAGCAGCUACAGGAGCCCCGGCCUCCGCGGCCUCAACACCACCUCUCUGUUCCGCGCCGUCAACCCCGAGCUCUUCAUCAGGCCGAAUAAGGCGGUGAUGGCCAUGGGUCUGCUGAGCAUCACGCUGUGUGUCGGGUACAUCGGGUAUCUGCACGCCAUCAGAGAGAGCGACCAGACGCUGUACGAGGCCGUGGACAGCGACGGAGAGAGAUACAUGAGGAGGAAGACCUCCAGAUGGGACUGACCUUCAUCAUCUUCAUCAUCAUCACUGCAGAGAGAGAUACAUGAGGAAGACCUCCAGAUGGGACUGACCUUCAUCAUCUUCAUCAUCAUCACUGCAGAGAGAGAUACAUGAGGAAGACCUCCAGAUGGGACUGACCUUCAUCAUCUUCAUCAUCAUCAUUGCAGAGAGAGAUAAAUGAGGAGGAAGACCUCCAGAUGGGACUGACCUUCAUCAUCAUCAUCAUC